AUGACUGUCACCAUGGUCCCGUACAUCGACUUGAGUACACUGCAAACCGAAUGCCGCAACGACAAGACUAGCGAGAUCGACGUCGCGUCCACCGCGGACAUGUGCUACAUGAUCAACCAGCAGGACCAGACGGUCGCGCUGGCCGUGGCCAAGUGCGUGCCCACCAUUGCGCGCAUCAUCGACGAGAUUGCACCCAAGGUGCGCCGCGGUGGGCGUGUUGUCUACAUGGGCGCCGGCACGUCCGGACGUCUCGGCAUCCUCGACGCUUCCGAGAUCCCACCAACAUUCUCGUCACCAUAUGGAGAGUGGAUCGGGCUCAUUGCGGGCGGCCAGCGGGCUAUCCAGUUUGCCGUGGAGGGAGCCGAGGACAGCCCCGAGCAAGGCGCAGCCGACCUCGCGGCACUGGAUCCUCCACUCUCACCUCACCUCGACACGGUCAUUGGGCUCGCAGCGUCGGGAAGGACACCGUACGCCCUGGGUGGUAUCGACUAUGCGCGCAACUUGGGCUGCUUCACUGCUGGUAUCUGCUGUGUGAGCCCCAGCGCCAUGCAGGGUGUCGCCGAGCUGGUCGUCGAGUGUCCCGUUGGGCCCGAGGUGGUGACGGGUUCGACGCGCAUGAAGAGCGGUACAGCCCAAAAGAUGAUUCUCAACAUGAUCUCCACUGGUGUCCAGCUCAAGAUUGGCAAGACGUACGGCAACCUCAUGGUCGACGUCAAGCGGUCCAACAUCAAGCUUAUCAACCGCGCCCGGCUCAUCUUCCGGUCCGUCCUGCAGCCCAUUGUGGACCAGGGCGCCACGCUCGACAUUGACCUUGCCGACGACCUCGCCAUCGACGAUCUCAUGGACGCGUGUGGAGGCAGCGUCAAGCGCUCCAUGGUCGCUGCCAGGUGGCGGUGUACGCCCGACGAGGCCACUCGCCGCCUCGACGCUGCCGACGGCCUGCUCAAGACCGCCCUCGCCACCCGAUCAGCACCUAAUGGGGUGGUCACAAACGGAACAAACGGACACCUCUAG